AUGUGUUUUGCAGACGGCCUCAUGAUAUUCUGCUGUGCAGACUUGAUCUCAGUUCAAUGUGUUCGAAAUGCUUUGGACUCAUUCUCAAAUAUCUCUGGUUUAACCAUCAACCAUGCCAAAAGUCUUGUGUUUCUUUCGGAGGUCAAGCAGGAUAUUAAGGCUGCAAUUACAAACUGUUUUGGAUUCAAGCCAGGGACUCUCCCAGUGAAAUAUCUUGGCGUUCCAUUGAUUAGCUCCAGGUUAACUCAUCAACACUGCAUGCCACUGUUAGAAAGGAUCAUCACCAGAAUUAAGCUUUGGACUGCAGCCUCCCUUUCCUAUGCUGGUCGGCUUCAACUUAUUAAAUCCACACUGUUCUCUAUUCAAGUUUAUUGGUCAAAUUACUGGUUGCCAAAUGGGAAACGAAUUUGUGACAUUCUUCCAUUCCGUCAGUUAUCCAAAACUGGUUUAACAUGUGAUGCAAAGGUUUCGUCUAUAAUCUCAGAAGGCAGAUGGACAUUUCCAGGUGGUCAACCGGAACUUCAGCUAAUCUGGAACUCUAUCCAGUUCUUCCCUCAGCCUCAUCAACCAGACAUUUGCAACUGGAAGGGACUUCACUCAGGAAAGUUUUCAAUCGACUCUGCAUGGGAAUUACUAAGAGAUAAAAGACCUAUCAACUCCAGCUUCCACCUCAUCUGGUUUCCAGAUCAUAUCCCUCGGCAUGCAUUUAUUCUUUGGAUCGCAUCAAUGAGGCGUUUGCAUACAAAGGAUAGGCUACUCUCUUUCCAGGUCAUCUCGUCUGCCACAUGUUCAUUAUGUGGAUUGCAUGAUGAAACGCAUGAUCACCUAUUUUUUGAAUGUAGCUACUCCGCCAUGGUGUGGAACACUCUCAGUGAAAAAAGUCUCAUAAACUGGCCAAGUAUGUCCUGGCAUGGUUUACUUCUUUGGGCUGCAACAAGUUUGAGGGACAACAAGGUGUUCUCACAUCUCCUAGCAAGGCAAAUCUUAUCCUCAACUGUCUACUUUGUAUGGUAUGAGAGAAACAACAGAAUUUUCAACCAAGCUUCCAAGACUCCGCAGGUUCUAAGUGGGGAAAUCAUUGAAACCAUCCGAUCAGUCUUGAUGGAGAAGGAUUAA